GGUGGUGCUACAGCAUAUCCUCCAGUAAGUGGUGCCGAUGGCGUACAUGAUGGACAAACACAUGGUGCACAACCAGCGAUUGGUGGUGGAGGCGGCGCCGGCGCUGGACAUGGUGUACAAAUGCAAGGCGUACAGGCGGGAGCUGGCGGUGGAGGUGGUGGAGGUGGUGGAGGCGGUGAAGGACAAGGCGGCGCCGGCGCUGGACAUGGAGUACAAAUACAAGGCGUACAGGCAGGGGCUGGCGGUGGAGGUGGUGGAGGUGGUGGAGGCGGUGAAGGACAAGGUACACAAGUACAGGGUGUACAAGCAGGACCCGCCGGUAGAGACGGAGCAGCGGCAGCACAUUGUGCACAAGCUGCACAAGCUGAACAUAGUAUACAUGGAUUGGCCACUGGUGGAGGCGGACAACACAAUGGUCCUGCUGGUGGGAAUAAGCUUGGUAUUGAUGGAAGGUAUAGAGGAGGAAGCGAAGGUAAGGAGAAUGUAGGUAAAGAAGGUAAAGCCGGUGUACAUGUGCAUGGUCUGAAAAUUGCUGGAUAA